AGAGUCCAUGAGACAAAUUAAAUGUGGAGACGAAACUGACCAAUAAAAGUGGCAAAAGCCAAUGACCUCCGACUAUAACCGAGAAGGCGUCGGGCUUGUUUACCCAAAAUAAAUAAUUAAAUAAAAAAGGAAGACGUAGGGCUCGGAUCUUCUCCAUCUCCAACGCGAUUUGAAGCCUUCCCCCACUGUUACCCUAGUUCGUUUCCCUGGUUCAAUCAUUUAAUCGCUUGAUGCUGUAUUAUUGCUGCUCUGGCUUUUUGAAAUUCGUGGAUCUGGGUUUUGACGAUUUGUGGGUUGGGGAUUUUGGUAGGUACGAUUGUAGUUGAACUACACAUGGGUUUCUGAAAGCUUGUGGAUCUGGCAUCUAACAAUUUGUGGUUAUUUUAUUUCCUUAAUUUAUCUUUUCGAUGUAUCUAGUUGAAGUGGUCGAGUUUCUCUAGAGUCUAGAUGUACGAAGAUCUGGCCUUUUGAAUUUUAGGGGUUUACGGGCUUUGAAUGUAAAUCUAAUUUAUUGUUGAAAAAUCGAAGGUCUAAAAAAGCUGUUUUUUAGGUGUUCGAUUGGAUAUGUUUCUUUGAGUUAUUUGUGGGUACCGAAAACAUAUUUGGAGAUCUGGGUCUCUGUAUACAGGUUUUAGCUUUUUUUUCCCUUCUAAAAAACUUUAGCGGCGGAAUUCUGCUUGAAUUACAGAUUGGCUUUGGGGAUUUGUGGAUCUGAGUCUUAGAAUUUGGGAUUUAAGUCGAAAAUCUCUUUGAAUUAUGUGUGUGCUUUUUGUUAUUUUGCGAGUUGUAAUCCGUUGAGGAAAUCGAAGGGUUUGUGUGAUAAUGCCAUCUACGGAAAAUCAGGGCUCUACUUCACCUCUUAUUACGUUUGGUCUCUCAAUAUUGAGUAUUAAUCGUGGUCAGGUUCAUUCCAUGGAUGGUAAUCAUGAUUCCAAUUCCCAGGAGUUGGUGCUCGAAUCAUUCCAGAAAUUGAUUUCUGACAGAUUUCACGAUCUCUCCACUGUUAGUGAUGAUGAAUUGCUCUCUCUUGAAUGGAUUCGGAAGCUUUUGGAUGCAUUCAUUUGCUGCCAGGAUGAAUUUAAGGUCAUUUUGUUCAACAACAAAGUGCAGAUCUCAAAACCCCCAUUGGAUCGUUUAGUGGCUGAUUUUUUUGAAAGAAGCAUAAAGGCGCUGGAUAUUUGCAAUGCAACUCGUGAUGGAAUUGAAAGGAUACGACAGUGGGAGAAGCACUUGGAAAUAGUUCUAUGUGCCUUGGAUUCCCAGAAAAGGAUGGUGGGUGAAGGACAGUUUCGUCGAGCAAGAAAAGCAUUGACAGAUUUGGCACUUGCUAUGCUGGAUGAAAAGGAUUCAGGUUCUGUUUUUUCACAGCGUAACCGUUCUUUUGGCCGUCAUAGUUCAAGCAAGGAGCACCGCCCAUCGGGGCAUUCUCGAUCUCUUUCAUGGAGUGUGUCUCGUUCUUGGUCAGCAGCCAAGCAGCUCCAAUCAAUUUCAAACAAUUUGGUCCCACCUCGUGGGAAUGAGAUUGUUGCUAGCGGUGGACUUGCAUUGCCUGUAUUUUCUAUGAGUUUUGUGCUCAUGUUUGUACUGUGGAUUCUAGUUGCAGCAAUUCCUUGUCAGGAUCGGGGCCUUCAGAUCCAUUUCUCAAUCCCACGCCAAUUACCUUGGGGUAGUUCAUUUAUGCUGCUUCACGAUAGGAUAAUGGAGGAGUUCAAGAAGAAGGAGCGGCGGAAUUGCAGUGGUUUGCUGAGGGAGAUUUAUCAGAUUGAGAAAUGUGCACGCCACGUGUCAGACAUGGUAGAUUCUGUUCAGUUCCCGCUGACUGAGGAGCAGAAGAAUGAAGUUGGACAGGGAGCGCUGGAGGCGGCAGAAAUUUGUGAGAGUUUAAAGAAUGGACUGGACCCAUUGGAGCGUCAAGUAAGAGAAGUGUUUCGUAGGAUCAUGAAUUGCCGAACUGAGGGUCUUGAAUUCUUGGGCAGGGCAAAUAUUGCUGAGUAAAUCCAAGUUUGAUAAAUUGAUACUGAGCGUCAAAUGUACAAAUUGGCGAAUAUGUUAUUGUUACUAGUUUUUACCAACCAGCUUAUUGCAAGGAGGAAGAACUACUUCUGAUGGUUGCAACAGAUAAACUUAAGGCGGUAACUUUCUUCUAUUAACUUGAAUACUUUCUGUAAAGAACAUGGUAUUUAUAUUGGAAAAAUAUAUAAAUAUUCUUUUUCCCCC